UUCCGCAUAAAAGAAAUAAUAUAACCGUGCUGAUUUAGUUUAUUGAAAGAAAAAUGUUGAAAAAUAUCUGCGUCACGCAAAUUAAUUUGCUGAAAAGCGUAUCUAACAUGCAGCAGCAAGUCCGGACCACGUUCGUCUUAAAACGUAAAUACGAGCCACUAUUACACAAAACCAAUGAAAAACCACGGAAAAUGCGCGCCAAGCACUUUAUUUAUGAGUUAGUAGAGGACACGUCGGUAAAAAAGCAACCCAACCUAGAGGUGGUACUUAAGCAAUUUGUGCAAGGAGUUGGAGACAAGGGCGAUGUAGUAUCAUUAAGGCCCAACUUUGUAUAUAACAAACUUCUAUUGCCCGGACUGGCCGCCUAUAAGACGCCGGAGAAUAUAGCCAAAUAUGCGAAAACAGAGGCUGAAAAAAACACUUUGGAGCACAGCUCUCCAUAUGCGCAACGCACGGUAAAUGUACUAGAGUCGAUAACACUAGCGGUGAUUAUGAACAAGGACGAGCGCUGGGUAUUGGAACCGUGGCACAUUAGGGCGUCAUUGCGCAAGGCUGGCAUUUACUGUAAUGAAGAGUGUAUUUCAAUGCCAUCUCAGCGCAUAGAAGGACCGGACCUGAAGAAAGAAAACAAAGAGUUUUAUUGCACCAUUACCGUGAACAACUUGGAGAAGGCGCGACUCAAGUGCCGCAUACAUCAUUGGAGUACGGAUCCAAGCGAACGCCUACCCUACGUCCUGGAACACUGGAAAAUGCCUGCCGAGCCAUUGCUGGGGCUUGAGGAUGGAGCCACUGCAAACGAAACAGCCGAACUAACACCAAAAAGCACUUAGGUCAAUAAUAGUAGUUGUAUUUGUGAAUAUUGUUUAUAUAAACCGGCUUUAAUCAAA